CUCCUGGUGUUCACUCGCGCUUGAUAUUCGAGCAGAAAAAGCAGAAUAAAUUUUAUAUGCUUCAUAUAUAAGUCUCACGAACUUGCAGGUGCUUGAUGAUUUAUUGCGCAUGAUAAAUUUUGGAUUCUGCUAUGUAAAACCUUCAGAAACCGCGCGUUCCGAAUUUUUUCCGUCCCAAAAGAAUGAAAAAAUUCGGGACCGCAAAGCCCAAUCAGUGUGCUGUCAUUACGAUUCAUACAACAUUAUGGCAGCAGUCGACGAUAAACUUUUUGCGCGUCUUCAUGACAAAGCCAAAGAAUACGAUCUCUCGGAACAAGAAAUACAAACUCUUGCUACAGCAAGACAGCAGUUGAACACUCACACACGCCUCGGUGGCUUCAUUGGUUCAGCGACUGCCUUUUGGAUAGGUACCAGAAGGAAGUUCCGUCCUUUGGGACUACUAGCUCUUGCUGGUGGUGGAUUCUUAAUUGGCUCGCAAGUCGGAAUGAUUUCGGGUAUGCUAGCAAGUAUCAAGUCGAUCAAGACUCUACCGGAACCACAACAUUUGGUGAAUGCUAUUAAGAAUAUGCAAAACGAUAUGUUGCAAGCGAGAGGAUACAAAUUAGACGGUCCGGGAGGUCGUCCACGCGCCAUGACACCCGAAGAAAGAGAACACCCAACAUCAGGAUACCAACCCCAAAUGUCAUCAACUUCUAGUGGAAAUUUCGAAUCUACAUCUUCGCCUGAUUACCAUGGCAACACGGAAUUCAUGGCUGAUCAAGCCGAGAACGCAACAUCAUCCUCCUGGAACCGUUCAUCGAGCGAACCGUCUGCUGAUAGAACAUGGAAUCGGAAGGAUAUGGAAUAUGACGGAAAUGCAAAUACGGGCAAUACCUCUGCACAAAGUCAAGCACAACAGCAAAGUGCAUGGGAUCGUGUCCGUGCUGAAAACCUUCCUAAUAAUUCGUGGACAAAGCUAAGAAUGCAAGCACAACAAAAUCCUAAUGCUGACGCAGAUGCUUCCAAAGCCAGAACGGAGAGAAUCAACCGGCUGAAAGAUCAGGACACGGUAACCUCAGUGGAUGACCUGCCACGGACUAGAGAAGAAUGGGAGAAAAGAUCUUCAACCCGAACCAAUCAAUGGGGAGACGCUGUCAAUUAACUUCACUUUUGUAACUGAAGUAUAUUCAUGCUACUAUCUUGUGUAACUCGUUGCUUAUAUGUUAAUAUAUUCGAUGUCACGAUUGUAGACUUGAUAACAAUAG